GGAGUAUUUGAUGCAUUGCGACGGCAUGGAUUACGAAUUAAAGCUAAGAAAUGUGCUUUCGCAAUGAAAGAAGUGAAAUUUCUUGGACACAAAGUUUGCAACAAGGGUGUGCAGCCAGAGGAACAUAAAGUAAAGGCAAUUCGUGCAUUGGUUGCACCAACUUGUCUUAAAGAGGUGCAAAUGUUUUUGGGUGCAGUUGGGUGGUAUCGGAAGUUUAUCAAGGAUUUUAGUACAAUUGCUCGACCAUUAACAUGGCUUUUGGAGAAAGAUGUCACAUUCACUUGGGGUAAGGAACAAGAUGAUGCACUCAAUACACUAGGACAUGAGUUGGUUAAAGCUCCAGUAUUAGCCCAUCCGGCCAUCCUGACCCCACUCGACCCUUUGUUGUUACCACGGAUGCAAGUAAAGUGGGUCUGGGUGGUGAACUAUCACAAGAAGAUGCACAAGGAAAAUUACAUCCGGUUGCAUAUUUCAGUCGUGCAUUGACCAAACGAGAACGUUCAUAUCCAACUUAUGACAGAGAAGUGAUGGCUAAACGAUGGUUAAGCAUUUUCGGUAUUAUCUGUUAGGAGCACAAGUAGUGAUGAGGACCGACCACAAACCUCUUCUAAAGAUCCUGGAACAGAAAGAUCCUUUUGGACGAAGAGCGACAUUGAGUGA